AUGGCACCCGCGUCUUCCAAAGAAAAUCAGGAAGGUUCUGGCAAGGGACUGGAUUACAGUUCGCUUCAUGUUUCCACGCCUAAUGAACCGGUCGCCAUUAUUGGUAUGGCCAUGCGCCUACCUGGCAAUGUUAAAGGCGAAUCCGACUUUUGGAACCUGCUUUCAGAAAAGAAAAGCGGACUCUGCGAUAUUCCUAGGAACCGAUUCAAUUUAGACGGGUUCUAUGACUCGUCAGGUACGCGUGGAACAAUUCCUUUCACCCAAGGCUACUUUCUCGACGGCGUUAAUAUCCAAAAUUUCGAUACGACAGUCUUUCCAACAUCUAAGACAGAGUUAGAUCGGCUCGAUCCAGCCCAGAGGCAGCUCCUUCAAGUGGCUUACGAGUGUUUUGAAAGCGCCGGCAUGUCUUCCUGGCGUGGUAGCAAUACUGGGUGCUAUAUCGGCGAAUUCGGCGAAGACUGGGCCGACGUCAACGCAAAAGAAACGCAGCACAUAGGCGGUUAUCGUGCCACUGGGUUCGAAGAUUUUGCUCUAAGCAACAGAAUUUCUUAUGAGUUUGAUUUACGCGGUCCUAGCAUGACUCAUGCGAAGCAAUUCGCAAUGGCAAGUGUGACGCUGCACUCGUAG